AUGAAGUUCAUCGCCACUGUUGCGGUUGCGUUCGCGGCUCUCGCAGCUGCUUCCACCGAGCCUGACUACUCCCAACUCCCUACUGGCAAUCCCAUUGCUCUGCCAGGCUUGAACGAUAUUGUGCCCGUUGGUCAGCCAUACACCAUCACAUGGCAACCUACUACUGAUGGGGAGGUUUCACUCAUUCUCCUGCGCGGCCCCAGUAACAACGUUAAGCCAAUCGGCACUAUCGCUGACUCUAUUGCAAAUACUGGUUCUUAUGAAUGGAUACCCUCUACCGACCUCGAAGGCGACGUCACGCACUAUGGCUUGAUGAUUGUCGUCGAGGGAACGGGCCAGUAUCAAUAUUCUACUCAAUUCGGCAUUAAGAACGAUCACGCAUCACCCUCUGUUACAGACGGUACCGUUCCCUAUCCCGUGACCACCACCAGCACCCGUACUUUAGUUCCUAUCUCGACCGGCACUAUUACCAUUUGCCCCCCAACUAAGACUCCAACCCCUACUCCAUCAGGGCCAGUUCCUUCCGGUUACCCAACCGGCAUCCCAAGCCCAUCGCCAAGCCCACCACCAUUCCAAGAGGGUGCUGCCGGCCGUAACGGUGUCGCCAUUGGCGGCAUCGUCUUUGUCGCUGCUCUUGCCAUUUUCGCCUUCUAA